CUGUCAUGAAACCCCUACUGAACUUUGGUUUCGAGGCGUUGAGUGCCGAGUCCAUGUCCAGAGUCAAGCCCCCGCGCCGCGGGACGGCAAGGUCAGACAAGCACAUGAGCACGGCCGCUCGCUACACCUCGGCGCCGCUGCUCCGCGAGAGUCGGUCGCAGCUCGAGGUCCCGCCAGCGCCAGAGCUUUUGCAUGGACCGACCAAGGCGGGGUACCUCACCAAGCACAACACGGGCAAGUGGAUGCGUCGGCGGUGGCACCAGCGCUGGUUCGUGCUUGAGAACGGCGUGCUCUCGUACUACAAGUACCGUGACCGCGCAUAUGCCCACGGCGCGCUGCAAUUGCACGGGACCGGGGCCCUCUUGACGAUCCAGGGGGACCUCCCCCCGGGCACGCCCACGCCGUUCUGCUUCAACAUCUCGGUCGGCGUCAAGUCACUUCUCGUGUGCGCCGAGUCGGACGACGAUUUUCGCGAGUGGACCAACGCCAUCUCCGCCACGAUUGGUCAAGAGAGCGCGUCACUGGACGUCGCUGUCAGCGCGCCACCGCCCCGCCCCACCACGCUUGACAACUACGUCGAGGCCGUGCCUUCCUGGGACGCGUUUGCGUUGCCACCGAUCAGUCUCGGCACGCUCGCCAGCGCCAACCUCCUCAUCGCGCUGAUUCGGUACGGCAAUGGCGCGACGCUUCUGGGCGUCCUCGGGCUACUCAACGCUGCGUGCGUCUAUUGGUUUUACCAAACGCGCACCGGAGCGACGUCUCUGAGCCAGAAGCAACCGCUGAGCGAAUAUGCAUCUUGUCCAGCACCGGUGCCACCCCACGAGCCUGUGCCCAAGGCCCCGAUCUUGGGCACCAUCAAUGGCAACAAGGCGAAUGCUGGCUGCUCGUUGCCGCAGUGCGCGGUCGACGAAUGCGUGCCGGGGUCGUGGGCCACCUUGGAAGCGACGCGCUUCAACCUCCGCCUCGGUCCCCAGUACCGGAAAACAAAACGCAAGGGCCCGUCGGCCCCCGCGCUCUUGGAGCUUGUAGCAACAGAUGUGUACCGCUCGGACACAAAGAUCGACAACAUUGGCAACGUUGUGCAGCUUCCCAUGCGCCCGACGGCGUCCACGCGCGAUCUGCUCAUCAUCAAUUGCCAAGUGCCUUGCUACGCUCCGUCCAACCCGUUGUGGGGAGAAAAGCAAGGCGACGGCGAUGGCUUCAACUUUGUUACGUAUUAUGCCAUUCCCGAGGCGGUUCGAGACAAGCUGCAAAUGGAACCGGCGUGCAAUGAGCCCGCCAUUCGCCUCUUGCGCGCGUUUCUGGACGAUGGCAACGACCCAAUCAUCCGCGACCGCCUCAAGGCAAUCGGGAUCGUCGUCAACCCGGCCGAGCAAGCGCUCGGUCGAACCGAGCGGCACUUGCUCGAGACGUACAAUGGGCAGCCCAUCUUGACGCGGCCACAGCACCGGUUUUACCGUGGUGACGGGUACUUUGAAGUCGACAUUGACGCGCACUUGUUCAACUACGUGGCGCGCAAGGGGCUCUGCGGCGUGACCGACCACUUUGGCAACAUGGUGGUCGACUUUGGCUUUGUUCUCGAGGGUCAGGAGGACGACGAGCUGCCCGAGCAGAUCCUCGGCUGCGUUCGGCUCUGCAAAGUCGACGUGAAGACGGCCCCAACCAUGUCCUGAGACACCAUAUACUCCAAAAGGUCGACUAUUCGAUCAGGAUUCAAUAUCUGUAUGAAACCUCGGUUUCGGUAAAACGUACAAACAAAUGAUUUCCGCGG